AGUGCUGCAAGAAAGCGCGCUCCAGAGGGCACAAGGGAUCGGGCAGAGUGAAGAACCGAGUCAGGACCCGGCAGAUAAAUCCAAUCUCCCUCUUCCUAUUGAUGAAUGCGAGUCCCAAGAUGCACAAGGGAUCGGGCAGAAUGAAGAACCGAGUCAGGACCAGCCGGAUAGAUCUGGUCUCCCUCCUCAUGCUGAUGGAAUCGAUGCCAUUGCUGGUGUAUCACUGGUCUCUGAAAAUGAGCAGAAGACUUUAGCUGAAGUCCCUGUGCAAAGUAGUACUGCUGCUGAAGAAAUUGUAGACACUUUCACAAAUACUGAUGAUGGGAAAGAAGAAAUCGCCCCUCCUCUUUCGAUGGAAAGAAAGUUAUGGCAAGUUCAACUAAAAAUGUUGGAGACACAGGCCAAGAUAGAACAUGCCCAAUUGAAAAGCCUGGAAAGACAGGCCAAGAUAGAGGAGGCUCAGUUGCAGAGCUUAGAGCGACACGCCAGAAUAGAAGAAGCACAGUUUAGAUGCUUGGAGAGGCAGAUCAGGCUAAAUGACGCCAAACUAAAGGUACACGAUAAGAAGGUGAAAGUAAUGGAGACCCUUUUAGGGACCUUGGAGAGACAGGCCAAGGUUGAUGGGUCUCACUUAAAAAUAUUACAGAGCCAGGUUAAAAUGGAGGCCAAAUAAAAAAUCCUGAGGGGCAGCUUUCCAAUAAACCAUUU